UCCGACAAUGGAGGAGACACAAUUUUUUGCUAAAAGAGUAUAUGAAUAGACCAGCACGUGACAUUUGUUUGGAUGCCGUCAUAACGACGCCAGGGGGACUCCACGCUGGAAGCUCCAGGUCACCUUUAAUUGUACAGUCGAUAUUGCAACUUUUUGUGACACGUUGUCUUUUUUAAACAAGCAGAGCUAUGGGCUUUGACAAAACGUUCUUAAAUAACACGAGAAGAGACAAUUUUACGAUCUUACGAGCCAAAGGUAAAUUUCAGCCAUAUUGGAUUUCGUUCACAUAGGCCUACUAGUUAAUGGUGCAAUGGGAUUUCUACUUUCAAAACUAGCAGAAGCUCUGCAAGGAUUCGAAAUGUUUAAGGACGACCCUGCAAAGAUAUUAAUGUUAGGACUGGAUGCAGCAGGUAAAACCACCAUUCUGUAUAGAGUAAAGCUGAGCGAUAGCAUCACCACGCUCCCCACUAUCGGGUUUAACGUAGAGACCGUGAGCCCGUGCAAGGGGUUAACCUUCACUGUGUGGGACGUUGGUGGCCAGGAGAAAUUCCGACAUCUGUGGAAACACUACUAUCAAAACACACAAGGUUUAAUUUAUGUUGUGGAUAGUUCGGACAGAGAAAGACUUGAUGAAGCAAGGGAGGAAUUAUUUGGCAUAAUGGAAAGCCCUGAGAUGAAGGGGGUCCCUGUGGUUGUCAUUGCCAACAAACAAGAUUUACCUGGUGCUUUGAGCACAGCACAAAUGAUAGAAAGUUUACAACUACGGAUGCUUCCACGUGAAAACAAGUGGCACGUGCAGGCUGCGUGCGCACCAACAGCACAGGGUUUAUAUGAAGCUUUGGAUGAAAUGGCACGUUUGGUAAAAAAAUUUAGGAACCACAACAGGGCUUAUUCAGCGGGAAAAAAUAGGUGACUUUGCAAAUUUGAAAUUCAUUUUUACUCACCUGCUGAAAAGAAACAAUCAGGCCCCAGUUUCGCAAAAAAAAAAAAAACAAAAA